AUGAGCGAAAAUGCAGAAGUCAGUGCAAUAUUUUGCUAUCGUUUGAUCUCCCCAGGAGGACAAUGCACAGAGUGGACUCAAACCGGAGUGUUAAACUUAUCUAGUGCAGAAGGAAAAUAUAGGAUGGGAGGGUGGGAGAAGGUCAUGGGGAAAACUUUGCUUGAAGCAGAAUAUGUGGAAUUUGACCGCUUCUUGAUUGAAUUUUCCAUCACUGUUAUGAAAGAUCCACUGGUGACUUGCAGUGACUUAUUAUCACCCCAAGUGAAGCUGCCACCACCAGAACUGUCAACUGAUUUUGCAGAUCUUCUAGAGUCAAAAGAAUGGGCGGACAUGACCUUCUGCGUCCAAGGUGAAGCAUUUCCUGCACAUAGGGUAGUGCUCGCUGCAAGGUCACCGGUGUUUAGGGCGCAGCUCUGUGGACCAAUGAUGGAGAAAGACGGGCCAUCCGUAAUCGUGGAAGAUAUGUUACCUGACGUUUUUAGGGCUCUCAUACAUUUUGUGUACACAGACUGCUUGGUGCUUCCUUUUGACGGUUUUGAUGACGAGGACAGAAAAGAGAUUGUACGCCACUUACUCGAGGCUGCUGAUCGCUACACAAUUGAAAAGUUGAAGCUCAUAUGUGAGGCUACUCUUUGCAGCUGUCUUGAUGUACAAACAGUGGCAACUACAUAUGCGCUAGCUGAUCAACAUCAGUGUAUGGCAUCUCCAACAAUACUUGGUGAAGUAAUGGCGAGCCAAGACUAUGAAAACCUCAAGAGAAAGAGUUCUAGUACAGCAUUGGAGAUUUUAGAGAGCGUUUGUAAGUUCCCAAAGAUCUAG